GGAGCACGCGCCAAAUGAUGCGAAUAAGAACAAGUAAACUUAUCUGUUUAAAACCUAUUGCCCUCCAUUUUUUUAACCCUCUCGUCAGUACUGAAACGUUUCCACUACCAGCCAGCCCCAGCCCCACCCUCAUGUCUCUCCCUAAUUUCUCUAUCCGCUACCCCACCUCUCUCUCCUUCAUAAGCCCUAGCGCUCCCUUUUCUCUCCUCGAAACUCAAUAAAACUUCCCAAGCCUCAUAUUUUAUGUGUUCAAAGAUUUAAUUCUCUGUUUUUCUUUUUUGAAUGGCACGAGAAGUGUAUUCGGUUCCGGUGGUGGAGACGCAAGUGGCUUCGCUGAAGAAGAAAACGGCGGUGACAACGAGCUGGAUUUCUAUAGAUGGAAAGGGGCAAGGCGUGAUUCUUGACGUAGACAAGUAUGCUAUAAUGCGCCGCGUUCAGAUUCAUGCUAGAGAUCUUCGUAUUCUUGAUCCUAUGUUGUCAUAUCCUUCCACCAUUUUAGGCAGAGAAAAAGUCAUUGUUCUCAAUUUAGAGCACAUUAAAGCUAUAAUCACAGCAGAAGAGGUAUUGCUUAGAGAUCCAUUUGAUGAUAAUGUAAUCCCCAUUGUUGCGGAACUUAAAAGGCGAUUGCCUCAAGAUGAUCUCACAUGUCAAGGCCAAGGAGAAGAAGAAGAACACCCUGGUAUGCGCAAUGAUAUGGAUACUGGGGAAGAAAAUGAAUUUCCAUUUGAAUUCCGUGCAUUAGAAGUUGCAUUAGAAGCAAUUUGUAGCUUUCUUGAUGCGCGUACUAGGGAACUGGAGACUGAUACUUAUCCAGCUUUAGAUGAACUGACCUCCAAGAUUAGCAGUCGUAACUUGGACCGGGUGCGUAAAUUGAAAAGUGCUAUGACAAGGCUGACAAAUCGGGUUCAAAAGGUAAGGGACGAACUUGAACAACUUUUAGAUGAUGAUGAUGAUAUGGCAGACCUUUAUUUAUCAAGAAAGUUGGCUGGGGCAUGUUCACCUGUCAGCAGUUCUGGUGCUCCCAAUUGGUAUCUAUCCUCACCAAUUAUAGGUUCAAAGAUAUCAAGAACAAGUCGGGCAAGUGCAGUGACAGUUCCGGAGGACAAUGAUGUUGAGGAGCUUGAAAUGUUGCUUGAGGCUUACUUUAUGCAAAUUGAUAGUACAUUGAACAAAUUGACCACCCUGCGUGAGUACAUCGAUGACACGGAGGAUUAUAUCAAUAUCCAGCUUGACAAUCAUCGCAAUCAGCUAAUUCAGCUAGAGCUCUUCCUAAGUUCUGGGACUGUUUGUUUGUCUAUAUAUUCUUUAGUUGCUGCAAUCUUUGGAAUGAAUAUUCCCUAUACAUGGAAAGUGGGCCACGGAUACAUGUUUAAAUGGGUGGUCAUCCUCACCGGAAUACUAUGUACUUCGACUUUCACAUCAAUAAUGUCGUACGCGAGGCACAAAGGUCUUGUUGGUUCUUGAAGUCCAUAGAAUCAGUUUGGAUACUCAGG